CAGUCAUACGUGUGCAUAUUUGGUUCUUCGUCAAGUGCGGCAUCAUGGACGCAGCAGGGCGUCUCCUGCGCUCUCCCAUCACUUCGCUCGUCAUCAGAUCUGCCUUCGUCACUUACAGAACUUCUUGCACUCAGCACAUCCACCAGUUCCUACCGUAUCGUCGAAUACAACUUCACUAUUUACAACUGCGGUGCUUUCAUGACAUGUUCAUCGUGUAGCGCCUCUGAGACUGGUUGUGAUUGGUGUAUUGAAUCGCACAAGUGUGUCUCGAGUGGAAAAUGCAGUGCGAAAAAAGCCACCGAAUGUGUGCACAUCAAGCAGCCAUCACAGUUGAUGAUACCCAAAGGGAAUUCACAGGAGAUUUCUUUCGCUGUAGCUCAUUUGGACCGUCUGCCUAGGGAAGAGAGCUAUUCUUGUCGAGUAGUCCUGAACGGCACCACGGUGCACUCCAAGGCCAAACUCGCCGAG